AUGCACAUCAUACCAUUAUUAUAUCAACCUGAAAUUCAAUCCUUUAUAUUCUUACUUGCAAAUAUUCUUAUUGUAUUAUUUACAAAUUAUUUUAUUCAUACAUUUCCAUUUUAUUUUUUAUUUCUUUAUUUUAUUAUAAUAAUAUUUAUAUGUAAAAAAAUAGCAUCUGGUCAUUCAUAUAUACCACCAGAAAAUACAAAAUUAACCGGACAAACAAUUGUAAUUACAGGAGCAGCAUCUGGUAUUGGUCGUGUAUCAGCUAUUGAAUUUGCUAAAUUAGGUGCAAAAGUUAUUGUUGGUAUACGUGGUCAUAGUCGAGCUGAAGAAAUAGCUCAAUUAUUAGAACAUGAAGCACAUACAAUUGGUACUGGUAAAAUAAUUGGUUAUGAUUUGGAUUUAUCAAAACUUUCCUCCGUAAAAAAAUUUGCCGAUAAAAUUCUUGAACAUGAACAACAUGUAAAUAUUCUAAUGAAUAAUGCUGGUACAGCACAAAUAAGACAUUCACUAACGUUUGAUGGAUUACAAACAGAAUUCGGUACAAAUCAUAUUGGCCAUUUUUAUUUAACAAAACUUCUUUUACCAUUAUUAAUUCGAUCAAAAGCACGUAUUAUUAAUGUUAGUAGUAGUGGACACUGUUUUGUUGAUGAUCAUGUCAAUUAUGAAUUUCCUAGUUCGUCUUAUAAUUCACAAAUAGCAUAUGGUCAAUCAAAAUUAGCUCAAAUAUGGCAUGCUUAUGAAAUACAACAACGUUAUGGUCAACAAGGUAUAAGUGCAUAUUCAUUGCAUCCAGGCAUGAUAUAUACAGGAAUUACACGACGAGUACCAAAACUAUUUGAAUUUAUCUAUCAACUAGUAUUACUUAUAGUUGGUAAGUCACUAUAUCAAGGAGCACAAACAAGUUUAUAUUGUUCAUUAUCGAAUCAAGCUAAACCAGGGAAAUUUCAUGCGAAUUGUAAAGAAGCAAAAUCAAGUCCAUUGGCUUAUAAUAAAAAAUUAGCUGAAGAAUGUUGGAAAUUUAGUGAAAAAAUUAUUGAUGAAAGGACAAAAUAUUUUAAAGUAAACAUUGAACUAUAUAAACAAUCUUCUCAAUGA